AGGAGGAAAGCCGAAAGGGAAAAAGAUUCCGCCUGACAGUGUUCAGUAUUCUAAUACAGUACAGCCGACUCAUCUAGCGACUCUGUGAAGUACAAAAAUAGCGCUGGAUGAGCUAUUUUUAUGCACGCUAUAUCCAGGCAUGUAGUACUUUCACUUGCAAAACAUGUGAAAUGCUUAAAUUAUGUAGUGAAACAUCAUGAUUAAUUGUAACUGAUAUAGCUCAUGAUACAAGAGUGCACACCUCUCCUGUGUGUUUUUCUCUCUGUUACUGGAGUGGUAAACUUAUUUACGAAAAGGACGAUAAAGUCAGUGGGAUUGGGGCACAGUUACGCCGUAAGAUCGGUCUUCAGCUUUAAAGAUCAGAAAGCUUUAACGCGGGACCGGAUAGAUGGACAACUCAGGAGGAAAUUUUUGUCUUUCUUGGCAUCGGAAUCAAUGUUGAAGUUGACUUGUACUGGAUAAAGACACAAGCGAAGAGACACCCGGGACAAAGGACUGAUUCCCAAGAUUUGUACGCGAAAUUGAACGGAUUCAUAAAAAUAGGAAAUGCUGCGGAAUAGCUGUGGACGAGCCGGUGUUAGAUUUCAUGAAUGUUUGGAAACCUCCAGGUAACGUCCGCAUUUCUCCGAAACAGGAAGCAUCCGCUCUCUGCGUCGACCAUGAGCCCCAGCGGACUCCUCCUACUCUGUCUGGUGUCACUGAUGACCUCAUGCCUUUGGGCAAUCAGCUUUCCUGAAGAUGACAUGCCCAUUGACUCUAUAGACUACCACUAUUCAAGACAGUAUCCAGUAUUCCGAGGACGGCCCAUUGGGAAUGAAUCUUUGCACAGGCUAGACUUUCAGUUGAUGACAAAAAUUCAAGACACACUUUUCAUUGCUGGCAGAGACCAGGUUUAUUUAGUAAGUCUACGAGAGUCCUACAGGAAUGAGAUUAUUCCCUAUAGGAAACUGACAUGGCGGUCAGGCCAAGCAGACCGAGAAACCUGUGCUAUGAAGGGCAAACACCGGGACGAGUGCCAUAAUUUCAUCAAAGUAUUAGUUCCCCGAAACGAAGACCUAGUGUUCAUCUGUGGCACAAAUGGCUUUAACCCUAUGUGCAGAUACUACAGGCUAGACAACCUGGAGUUUGAUGGCGAAGAAAUCAGUGGCUUGGCAAGAUGCCCAUUUGAUGCCAAGCAGACCAACGUUGCACUAUUUGCUGAUGGGAAGUUAUACUCGGCCACUGUGGCCGACUUCCUGGCCAGUGACGCAGUGAUCUACCGCAGCAUGGGGGACGGCUCGGCCCUCAGGACCAUCAAGUAUGACUCUAAGUGGUUAAAAGAACCACACUUCUUACACGCCGUAGACUAUGGGCAUUACGUUUACUUCUUCUUCAGAGAGAUAGCGACAGAGCACAACAGCCUGGGAAAGGCGGUCUUCUCCCGCGUGGCGCGCAUAUGCAAGAAUGACGUGGGUGGAUCCCAGCGAGUUCUGGAGAAGCACUGGACCUCCUUCAUGAAGGCCCGCCUGAAUUGCUCUGUCCCGGGAGAAUCUUUCUUCUACUUUGAUGUCCUGCAGUCCAUUACAGAUAUAAUAGAUAUAAAUGGGGUCCCCACGGUGGUUGGUGUCUUCACCACACAGCUGAACAGUAUCCCAGGAUCAGCAGUUUGUGCGUUUUCCAUGGCUGAUAUAGAGAAGGUCUUUCGGGGUAGAUUUAAAGAGCAGAAGACGCCUGACUCAGUCUGGACAGCUUUUCCUGAGGAGAGACUACCAAAGCCACGGCCAGGCUGUUGUGCGGGACGAGGGCCGGCUGAAGCUUACAAAUCCUCCAUCGACUUUCCAGACGAAACUCUGCUUUUCAUCAAAUCCCAUCCUUUGAUGGAUUCCGCUGUGCCGUCAGUCAGGGACGAGCCCUGGUUCACCAAAACCCGUGUCAGGUACAGGAUGACUGCUUUAGCAGUUGACAAUUCUGCUGGGCCCCAUCAUAACUACACCGUGGUUUUUAUCGGCUCCGAAGCUGGCAUCCUCCUGAAGGUCCUGGCGAAGUCCUCCACAUUCUCACUGAACAGCAGUGUGCUUCUGGAGGAGAUUGAUGUCUUCAACCGAGCAAAGUGCCUAUCAAACAGCGAGGAUGAUCGACGCAUUCUCUCUCUGCAUCUCGAUAAAGAGAACCAUGGCAUCUUUGUGGCUUUCUCCAGCUGCGUCAUCCGGCUGCCCCUUAGCCGCUGUGAACGCCACGGCUCAUGUCAUAAGUCUUGUAUCGCAUCGCGGGACCCCUACUGUGCUUGGAUGACUCAUGGCUCCUGUGAGAAGAUCCAGCCUGGUGGGCUCAGCUCAGGUUAUGAACAAGAUGUGGAGUAUGGCAAUACAGCACAGCUGGGUGACUGUCACGAAUUUUUGGCUACUACAUCUUCGCCAGAUUACAAAUCAUUUGGUGAUCCAACAUCUGACAUGGAGUUGGUUUCACCCUCAGUCACCUCUGUGGCAUCUGACCCCAUAGAAUCACCUCAGAUCAUUGCCACUCAGAAACCUGAACUGUUUGGUUCAAGGAAAUUCGUGCUUCGAGAUGACCCAGCCACUUCACAUUCUUUUGAAUCAUUACCAGGUGUCCUGCAGGGUAUAUGGGAGAUUCAGUCUGGGGAAUCAAACCAAAUGGUCCAUAUGAAUGUGUUGAUAACCUGUGUGUUCGCUGCCUUUCUGCUCGGGGCCUUCAUAGCUGGAAUGGUGGUGUACUGCUAUCGGGACGCUUUCCUACGGAAGCCCAGGAGGGUCCACAAAGACGCAGAGUCUGCCCAGUCCUGCACGGACUCAGCAGGCAGCUUUGCGAAACUUAACGGGCUGUUUGAUAGCCCUGUGAAGGAGUACCAGCAAAGUAUCGACUCCCCUAAACUUUACACAAACCUCUUGAGUAACGGAAAAGAUACGGCAACUGGCGACACAAAGACAAUUAUACUAAGUAGUCAGGGUCAACCCCCAGAACUGGCUGCCCUCCCGACCCCAGAAUCUACACCCGUUCUUCAGCAGAAGGGCCUGCAGCCAACAAAAAAUCAAUGGGACAAGGCCCACUGCAAGAUCAGCACACCUCGAAAAGACUCUGCAGCCAAAAGCCCCCAGUACUUCUCAUCCAGCCCGCCCAGCCACUCAGCUAUCGGGCAGGCCCACAUUCCCAGUGCAGUUGUUCUUCCUAACGCCACCCACAGCUACCAGGUCCUUUUCACCGGUGCAGAUGUGCCACACCCGGAGCGCAAAGUCCAACACGCCGAGCACGGUGCCAGCUCCAGGACCAGCCGGAAAGAGCACAGGCGCUCAGUGGAUGCAAGGAACACCCUGAAUGAACUCCUGAAGCACCUGAAUGAAAAUGAAGGCACUAACAUGAAAGCAAUUCUCGCAGACGUGCCCAAGUCUCGGCAGAACGCUGUGGAUGCCAUGAGUAUGACGGAGAUCCCUCCAAAAGUCCCCAGCAGAGAAGCAUCUCUGUACUCGCCAUCCUCAUCCCUCCCCCGGAAUAGUCCAACGAAACGGGUGGAUGUGCCCACCACGCCAACCAGCCCACCGGGACAAAUGAACACCUUAGAGAGACAGAGGGGUUACCAUCGGAGCUCGUCACAGAGGCACUCUAUAUCAGCACCUCCAAAAAGCAUGAACUCCAAUGGAGCUGCUGUGUCACGGCAGUCCAGUAUCAACAGGGGGGGUUAUAUGCCCCCCACACCUCCUUCCAGAUUGGACUCGCAUGCUGCAACGGUAGCGGCCCACCCUCAGCCCUCUGUGUCUAGACAGAGCAGCUACAAUGGGCAGGGCUCUCUGCCCCAAAUGGGGGUCAAAAGGACCCCAUCUUUAAAACCAGACGUUCCUCCAAAGCCCAGUGGUUUUGUGCAACAGACUACACAGACGAGAGCUGUGCACAAAUACAGCUACUGAGGACCACUAGACGAUUCCUUGCAUUCUAAAGAAUGACGGAUGUUAUAAUACGGACCUAAACAGGGUUGUCCUAAUGUCGCUGGGACACCCAACCGACCUGGAGUAUUUGAAAAGGGAAUAUUUUACCAGUGGCUGAGAAAGGUACUUUCCAGCAGUACUACUUGUUUUUGUUUUGUUGAACAUCUCUUGAAACAUACACCUUACGGCGUAUUAGAGGUUUUCCUUAAGAGCUUCAGGACAUGUAUGGUCGUGGCAUCUGUCACACCGCUGUGUCUGGGAGGAGAACACGCUGCAUGGAGGAACCAGACCAAUAGCUUCCUGCAGCUUCGCCAUUCCCAGGUCGGAGAUUCGCAACAUGGAUAUACUUGAAGAAUGGGUUCCAUUACACUGCCACUGAGCACUGUCUUCCCAUUAAAAUGUGAACUUUGCUAAAUGAGAAAAGACGUACGGCUUAGUCAAGUGCCCCAGGAGAAAAGGUGAAGAUCUAAUGUAAUGCUGUACAUAAAAGUAUGACCUUGUCUUAGAGAUGUACCUGUGGAGUACUGACAGAUGCUGAAUUUUGGACAUAACUUAAUGAGCAGAUUCUUAUCCACAUUUUAAAGCACUCAGAAAAUAAGAGGCACUUAUGCUAUUGGAUGUGCAGUCAGUCAAAAAGGGAACAACUUGUAGCUGCCAGGCAAAGCUGCUGCCCAAGGUGUAUUACAAUAAACGCACUUGCUGCUAUGUGUUUCAGACUAGGGAGCAUUUCUCAUGCUUAUUUCUGACUUGUGUUGUUUGCUUUUUGGCUUUUCGAAGCAGUCUCUAAAGUGGAGGCUUUGAUGCCAAAUUAAAUGAACGUUUAUGCACCUUCCAUCUUGGGUGUCCAUGGUGGCCGGAGGAGCGGGCUAAUGUAGCAAAAUUAAUGUGUCAUCUUAGACACAAAGGCAGGUGAUGAUUCAUUAGGGAACAACUAUAGGAACAUGUAGGAUGGAAGGGUUUCUAGUAACCUGUUUGAACAUUGCCUUUGAAUUCAUUAGUUAUGAAUUAUGAGCACUGGUAACAAUCCUUGAGGAGCAUAACACUGUAGCUAUGCAUGCCAAGUUACAACUCUCCCCAAGUUUUCCCAUUUCUCAUGCAACACUGCAAAAAAAAGAUAGGUCUCUAAUCAUUCAACUGCAUUUUUUUUAAUUUUAUUUUUAAUUUUAUUUUUUUUACAUACAAGUGUUCUAUACACGAUCAGAAUGAACUGCUAACAAUUACCCUGUGUAAGGUUAUUGUGCAAUCACAAAAAAAAUAACCAACUUAUCCUAAAGAGUCAUGCCGGUAAUGACCAUUUUGUGCGUGUAUAAAUAUAUGUAUAUAUAAUAUAAAUAUUUUUUGGCAAGUUUACCUGGAUCUGUGCAUUUUGUGCCUUAUUCAAUGAAUAACCAUGGAUAUUGGAUUUCUCACGAAGAUCAAAGGGUCUAGUAUUCCUACUGGGUCUGUUUUGCCAGAGAUGUGAGGUGUGUCAGGACCAGUCCAAACCCCAUCCUGGAGUUAUUAAAAACAGAAAAAAAACAUUAAUUGACAAACAUUCCAUUUCAGGACAAAAACCGGUUAGCCUAAAGAUCUGCAUACUAUUUCACUAGUUUCCUCUGCUUUCAAAAAUGUUUUUUUGUGUAUUAAGUCUGUUCUUCAAGACAGUGCUAAUUUGCAACACUAAAGUGCCAUGCAUUAAACAUGUUAUGAUAACAGGAUGGAAGAUAGACUUGUUCCCAACUCACCCCAGGCUGUUAACCCUUAAAUUUGCCAUAUAUAUUGGGAAAUGUUCUUUCAAAUUAAAAUGUUUGCUUCAACUGAUAUUCAAGUUUCAGUUCAACUGCAAAAAAUCAGUUUUGGUUCUCUAAUACAAGAAUAACGAUCAAGUGAAAAAUUUCAGAGAGAUAACAUGGCUGAAAAGGAAUAUUUCAUUGAUGUGUUGCAGGGAUAAACAGACCAAUUCCAACAGUGGAAAUUAUUCCACUUGGAUACACAUAACCUUAGCAGUUUUUUAAAGGAAUGUUCAAACUUAAACAAUGUUCCUAAAAUUUCAUUAUGUUGUACUUCAAGAGAGAUUGGUUUGUCUAUAUAAGCCCAAAGGUACAUUUUGUUUACAACAAACGACUAAUUAAUAAUUGCCUAUUCUUUCAAUUCAGCUAUCACCAUCUGCUGAUCAGUUUUUGUACACAGUGAGUGCUGUACACGUAUUCCAUUCCCAGAACUUCUGUAAUGUUGAGCUGCCUUGUAUUUUGCAGUAUGGAUUCCAUAUGUUGCAGUUUGAUUUCUCCAAACCUUUACAUUUCAUUCACAAUGCCGCUUUUGUGUGCAGAUAAACCAGUUGUCAGUUUAAUUUCUAAUACUGUCUAAAUUGGCAGAUGAGAUAAAGUUGUAUGUUUUGCAGAGUAUUUUAAUGUGUAGAUAUGUUGUAAACCUGUACUGUGAAUGUGUAAAUAAUUAUGUUCAUUGAUUUUUUUUUAACACAGCAUGUAUAGUUGAAAUAAAACACUACUGCACAUAA